ACUACUGUCCAGAACCUGCUUUAGCAGGGGUUGAAAUAGAUGAUCUCCAGAGGUGCUUUCCAUCCCCUAUAACUCGGUGUAAUCUUCUAUAAUUCUGUAAAAUGCCAAAAUCUUUAUUUUCUAAUCAUAUUGAUACUCAUAUGUCCAAAAUUAAGCUUCUCUCACAGAGUCCAGGAAGACAAAUCAGGCUUUAGUACGGUCACUGCAAAUGAGUUUGUGGGGUUCUGAUAGAUUCUUUUAAUAAAGGCAUAGAUACUGCAUAGAAAUGUAAUCACAACAUUGUGCUACAUCUUGGAACCCCAUGCUAAUGCACAUGAAGAAGCAGAUGGUAAAGUUUAGUGUUUGUAUUGUGAAAUACAUUAGUAGGUUUGCUUGUUAGCCCUUUGGAUGUCUUAGUUACUGAAUUAAUGAAGUUAACACCUGUGGAGAAACUGUUAGAUCACAUCUUGAACUGGUGAUUGAGCACCUGGUGAAGGGUUGCGGCUGGCGUAGGGAGCACAGGCAAAUUGUUUGCGCCUGCGCUCCCUGUGUGACCAGAAGAGGUGGGUCCAUGGUGGAGAUACCCUUGGCUCAUAUAAGAACCAGACACUGGAAGGAAGGCAUCUUUUGGCUUAGGCUGCUUCUUGUGAGGGAGUGUUGCUGCAGUCAGAGAGCUCCUUCACCAGUUGGAUGAAAGGAAAGAUGAAGCUAUCAAAUCAUGAAGGCUUAGCUCCUAUGAAAGAAGAGUGUUUCAGUGGUUCAUCAAAAACAACUGCAAAAAUAAAAUAUCUUAAUACGUACAGACUAGAACCAUAUAAUAAAUUUCAGGAUCGGUUAGUAAGAGACAAAGCUCAAGCAAUAUUAAUGGAUAAACUUCAACAAGCCAAAUAUGAUGCAGAUUCUAGUCCAUCCUUGUGUGCUUCACUCUCAGAAGAAAUAUUAAAGGCUACAAAGAAAAUGGGCUUUGACCGUUAUAAGUACGUGGUGACAGUGCUAAUUGUGGAAAAGGCAGGUCAAGCAAUAAAUGUCGCCAGUAGAUGGGUUUGGGAUGUUCAAAGAGACACCUGGAUUUCAGCUAAAUAUGAAACUGAAACAUUUAUUGCACUGGCUUUGAUAAUGGCUUGUUACUACGAGUGACACUCCCAAGAUGAUACACCUGCUUCUGUGCAGCACAGUACUUGGUAUAUUUGAAAAUUUUCAGAGCAUUCACUUACCAACAGCAUCAGUCCAAAGUCUAGCACAAAAUUAACAAACCUGAUGUGAUAGUUGAGAUAAUUUUGACCACUUUGCUGUGUAAAAAUAACUUCUGAAAUGUGUAAGGUUGAGUACAUAUGGGCUUCAUCUGUUGUAGCACUCUGCUGUGGAAGUCAGAGCAACUGGUGGAAAGCUGAACUUCAGCAAAUUUUGAAUGCUGCUCGUCUGUUGCAUGCAUUGAGUUGUUAAUGAAUGUUUACAAUAAAUUGUAGGUAAUAGUUCUCUUGAA